AUGGUCCGCAUCUUCCCAGUCUGGAUUGCUCUCUCGGGUUUGAGUUUUGUCGUGGCCGGUACUAAAUGGACUCCAGAAAACUUUGACUGGGACAGUCUUACUUGCAACGACACUAUCCCAAGUGGCCUUUGGAUGAACAGACAUGAGGCUCCUCCGACCACAGACCUUUCACUGCUCCCAGAUCAUCAUCCCACCAAUAUCAAUUCUGUCGGAAUCUCACAGGUUGCUGUCCUGGCUGUACUUGGAUGGGCCUGGAGAGGAGCUAGUCUUGCUGCUGCCACUAUCGGCUUGAAGAAUUCUGUCCAUUCCUGCAAGCAGACUGCUAACGGUGAUGCUGGCUGGGGUCCCUGUAUUGAAGGCCUCUUCACUACCGUUGUUGGCUUCGGUGGUGUUGCUUCUGCCGAGAGGAAGCUUCUCCAUAGGGGUGGUCGGUUGAUCAUGCCUAAUCGGUUCCUUGCGGAUGGUACUGUGGAUUUGGAAAUGAACACCCUCACCAGACGUGAUGUCGACGCCCAGAACAACCACGAUGAUUUCGUCUACAUUCAGCUUCGGAGCCUUUCCUCGCGUGAUCCUGAAUUCCUCGGAUACGCAAAAAGCGAUCAUCGUCUCGCGAAGAAGGACUUUGGUAACCACCCUCUUGUGCCCAUGUUUCGAUUCGAUCACUUCAAGCAUGGCAGCAUGGAAAUGACUACCCGGGACACUAUGAACGGUACCUUCAUCACUGCUGCCUAUACGGGCCAUCCUACUCAUCUGCUGGGCCGUCACCAGAUUGAAGAUCUCAAGACCAAUAUGAAGCGCCAGGAAGUUUAUGAUAAGGAGGCGCUGAAUACUGGAGUUCUUGAGGCUCGAUUCGACGCUGAUGCCUCUAGAUCUGACCCUGCCUCUAUAAGCGCUGAUGCUAAAACCCUUUUUAACACCUUCGAGCCCGAAGUUAGCUGCUUUAUGGGCGGUAAUGUGAAGGAUCACAGUGUCCUAGAUGUCCAGAUGUAUGACAAGACAAACAAAGCUACAUUUGGCUUCGGCACGAUUGGAGUGUUCAACAACGACGAUGAUGCGCAUUCCAUUGAAGAAAUGGAACCCGCAGGAAUGCCUUUAAGCCAAUGCAAGUAA